UCCAAUUUCACGGAAACAGCAUCGCACCUCUCUCUCUCUCUCUCUCUCUUCCAUAAACAGUCAUCUAACAACGAAUCCAGGACAAAAGCUCUCUCUUUCUCUAUAUAUACUACUCAUACAACGAAUGGAACAACGUUAACGACAAAAGAAGGCUUAAAAAGGAGCUUCAAUUAUAUUUGCUUUUCAAAGCUUCAUUUAUUCAAACGCUGCUAUUAUUAGUGACCCAUUUCAGCUUCUUACAGAAAGCACAAAACUUUGCUUCUAUUUUUUCCAGAACCUUCUUUUCUUAGUACCCCUUUUGGACAGUGGCUAGGAUUUUGAAAAUGGUAGUAGCUGCAGGUUCUAGUGUUGCUAAGCUCAACUUGAGAAAAGGGAAGGGUUCUUCUUAUAAUGUUAUGAGCGGUGGUGAUAACAGUGAUGGAGAUCUUUCCAUUGUUAGUAAUAACAGUGACAGUGAGUGUUGUUCAUCAUCAAUGGUGGAGGUGGAAAGGGGUCCUUCAUGUGUUUCAUUCACCACUUUCAAUAUCUUGGCUCCUAUUUACAAAAGGAUUGAUCCAAAGAACCAAAGCCUCAGGGAAAGUGAGUUCAGGUACUCCUGGUUGUCCAGGAAUGAAUGUAUUCUGAAUUCCUUGCUUGCUGAAUCAUCUUCCAUAAUGUGCCUUCAGGAAUUUUGGGUUGGAAAUGAAGAACUUGUUCAUAUGUAUGAGGAGAAACUAGGGGAUGCUGGUUACCAUCUCUUCAAGCUUGCUCGAACCAACAACCGCGGAGAUGGUCUUCUUACUGCUAUACACAAAAAAUAUUUACAUGUUGUGAAUUAUCGGGAGUUGUUUUUAAACGAUUUCGGUGAUCGUGUUGCUCAGUUGUUACACGUUCAGUCUAUUGCCCCUGUUUCGCAAAACCAAAUGGGAAGUCUUCACCAAGAGUUUCUUAUUGUGAACACACACCUGUUAUUUCCUCACAAUUCAAGUCUAUGUAUAGUGAGAUUGCAUCAGGUUCACCAAAUUUUGGAGCAAGUGGAAUUGUUUCAAAAAGAAAACAAGCUGAAACCGAUGCCUAUUAUACUCUGCGGUGACUGGAAUGGAAGUAAGAAAGGGCAUGUAUACAAGUUUCUUAGGUCACAAGGGUUUGUUUCAUCAUAUGACAGUUAUGCAGAUUCCCACAAGCAGUGGGUUAGUCACCGAAAUCAUAGAGGAAAUAUCUGCGGUGUCGACUUCAUUUGGCUUUGCAAUCCGAACCAACCACGGAAACCUUUGAAGACAAGUUGGGCCGAAGCUGUUUUUAGCAUACUCAAGUACCAGCUACGAAAAGCUUCGCUGUCUGAAGACGGUGCAUUUACAUUUCUGAAGGGCGACAAUUGUGCCGAUGCUGUGACAUAUCUUAGUUUCCAUGAAGCAUUGCGGCAGGUAAAAUUAGUUGAUGUGCCUAAUGGAUUAUGCAUUCAGCAGUUCCAAGAUCUAUGGAAUCAAGCAGAUGUUGAUGGAAAUGGGGUCAUCGACUUCGAGGAAUUCAAGCAAAAGAUUUGGAACUCUACAUGUCCAGAGCCUGUAUUGGAAAGCUUCAAUGGUUGCAUGGAGGAUGUGAAUGCGACGAAUGAGCACGAAACCAUCGGCUUUAAGGUGAAGAAGGCGAUGUUGUUCCCUCGAGAAGUCGAGAGAGGACAUUGGCCAGAAGAGUAUUCUCUUUCAGAUCAUGCUAGGCUCACUGCUGUGUUUUCACCAGCAAAGAUGAGAUGUCAUGGAUCACAAAACUAUAGCUAGUUACUCCAUACUUUAUAGUAUCAAUAUAAGCUUUUGUUAGAUUUUUCUUUUUCUUUUUUCUUUUUUAACUUUUAGGUUGUGGAAGUAUAUUAUAGUGUAUAGUUCUAAGAAAAAUUAUUUGUGUGUGGGGAGUCGGAAAAAAAAAAAGGUAGGAAAAAUUUGUAAUCAAAUUUUGGUAAGCCAAAUUUUUCUGGCAAUACGGUGAAAAUUUUUGCAUUGUAAGAAUUGUAAGAAAGGAAUCUCUAGGCAUGCCUUUCUUUUCUCUAA